GGGAGGGGGCCGCGGGGUUUCAUGUACCCAGCAUGAGUUCCUACUUCGUCAACCCCCUGUUCUCCAAAUACAAAGGCGGCGAGUCCCUGGAGCCGGCCUAUUACGACUGCCGGUUCCCGCAGAGCGUGGGCAGGAGCCAUGCGCUGGUGUACGGGCCCGGCGGCUCGGCGCCCGGCUUCCAGCACGCCUCGCACCACGUCCAAGACUUCUUCCACCACGGCACCUCCGGCAUCUCCAACUCGGGCUACCAGCAGAACCCGUGCUCGCUCAGCUGCCACGGAGACGCCUCCAAAUUCUAUGGCUACGAGGCGCUCCCUAGACAGUCCCUUUAUGGGGCUCAGCAAGAGGCGAGCGUGGUGCAAUAUCCCGACUGUAAAUCCUCGGCCAACACUAACAGUAGCGAAGGACAAGGCCACUUAAAUCAAAACUCGUCUCCCAGCCUCAUGUUUCCAUGGAUGAGACCCCACGCUCCGGGGCGGCGCAGUGGCCGGCAGACUUACAGCCGCUAUCAGACCUUGGAACUAGAGAAGGAGUUUCUCUUUAAUCCGUAUUUGACACGGAAACGCCGGAUAGAGGUGUCUCACGCCCUGGGACUGACCGAGAGGCAAGUGAAGAUCUGGUUCCAGAACCGACGGAUGAAGUGGAAAAAAGAAAACAACAAGGAUAAACUGCCCGGAGCCCGGGAUGAGGAGAAGGUGGAGGAGGAAGGGAACGAGGAAGAGGAGAAAGAAGAGGAAGAAAAAGAAGAGAACAAGGACUAAGCAAGAAAGAGGGACACCCCCCCCCUUUAGCAACUCCUUGAAGUUUCGUUUUAUGGUAGCAGAUAAAUUGAGAAGUUUACGACUGUCAUUUGCUUUUAUAGAGAAUAGAAUGACACUCACAACUCUAACUACCUGUCAGAUACUCCCAGCUCUCUUUUAUUACCUUUGGACUCCCCCCCCCACUCUUUAUUUGUUUGGGGGCUGGAGGGGGAGACCGAGAUGCAGCGGAAUGUUGGGACCCUCGGGUCCACUCCUGGCCCUCCCAGAUACACUUGCUCCUACCCCCACCCUCCUGGGUCCUUCCUGGAGUCUCAGGUCCCAGCCUCGGCCUCCUGGCCCUCUCUCUCUCUCUCUCUCUCUCUCUGCCCCCUUGUGCCACGGUCCCGCCUCCCUGCUGCCCGGUAUUUAUUUUAGAAGGGAGCCCCUUUCAAAAUAUGGAAGAGGACUUGGGGCUUUGUCUUAAUGCUAGGACCUAGUGGACUAGAUUUACUUGUUUAAAAGGGGAAGAAAAAAAAAUCAGGAAAGGGAAACAGUUUUAAAGAAAUAAGGGAAGAAUACCAAGGAGUAUGCCCCCUCCCCCUCCCCCUCCUGCUCCUGGGGCUCCCUGCUUAGGAAAAAAAAAAAAAAACCCUUGACUUUCUCUGGGCACCUAAGAGAAACCUGAAGGAGAUGUGGCGCUCCCACCUCCCCUGUUUCCGUGGGGUACAUAGGAGCCUGCAGUCGCCUCUGAAAUCCUACCUAGCCCUUCCCAUGGUCACUCGGGCCCACGCCUCCGUCGCCUGCCUUCGCUGUUUGAUUUCUGUUCUGUUGGGCCCAGCUUUCUCUGAGCUGCAUUACUGUUAGCGCUCAGAAAUCGCCACAAUCAUGAAAAUAAAUAAAUAAUAAUAAUAAUACUGAUAAUAAACCUUUAACAUACUACCUAAAGGGAACCUGCAAUAAUCUUGAAAAAGAAAGAGAAAAUUAAAAAAAAAAACCCUACUAUAGGAGGAAAAAAAAAAGAGAAAAAAGUGAAAAAUGAAAAAAAAAAAAGAAGAAACCUCCAACGUAUUUUAUCACUACCUAUAGAAAGAAAUCCUGCUUUGAGAGUACUCGUAAUGCGGUUUUGUUGUUGUUUGUUGCUGCUUAUUUCACUAAGAAGGACCCAACAACUGAUACUGCCUAGCUCGCCGGUCCUGUGCGCUUUUAUUGUGCUUCUAACCCCAGUAGAGUAGAGCUAAAUUGCACUGAAUGUAUAGUUAACUCUGUCUUGAAUCCUCUGUUUAUGCAACGUGCUCGAAAGAAAAAAAACGUUAAAAAUAUAUCUAUAAUAAUAAUUUUUGGUCAUUUGUCUUUAUGUCCAGCUAUGAAUGUAGGUUUUGUGUCCCGACAACCCUGUUCCUGGUCCAAGUACUUUGUAUUGUAUACGUGAGUCAUAAUAAAAAAAAAAAAGGAGAAAAAUAUUUGAAGC